AUGCUUCAUUUUGUCUCAUUCUCGCAAUACGAGUUCUCUAUAGUUGGAACCCGCCCCCGUCGACUUCUUUUCCUGAAUCACGCGGAGGUUGUCGAUGGUUUGGAACGGCUCCUUUUUUGUUUUGAAACAUGUCCGGCUGAUCAUGAUUUCAUUCGAGAAUCAAGUGGUCGCUGUGAGAGUGACACAAACAAAUGGUGCAUUCCUGAUGCUUCAUUUGGUCAGCCAUGUUCUGUCUUUUUCGGUCUUGGAAUGACAAAGAAAUUUUGCUGCAAAAGUGAUCCGGUGGAUUGUACAUGGAGUGGGCGAUGGAUGGAAGCAAAUAAUGGAUACAAUAUUUAUUGCAGAUACGAUUCUUCUGUUGGCAGAUGCGGACAACUGCACUGCUCAAUCAAUCACCGGGAUAGAAAAGCGGUUAACACUUCGCUAAUUGAGGGUGAACGAUGUGAUGAAUUAUCGAUGUGGGAGAGUGAGGGUAAAGCAACAUGUGGUCUAAUUCAAUGGACACGAAAUGAAACAGUUCUUAACACUUGGUAUAAAACACAG